AUGCGCGUCUCUACACCUAAGUCUGGAGCCGAAACAUGGCCUCCGCGUCCGCCAAUUGCGGUCUUCAUUCGCAACCUGAAGCUACUGCGUCUUGACCUGCGCCCAGAUUGGCCAGGUAUUCUACCAUCGACACUGUCUGAUAGCCAGAAUAAUCUGCGAAGACGGAUACAAGCUGUCGAAUGGGCGCUAUUUUACCUGUUCCAACUAUGGGAUCCCGAGCUCACACGAAAUAAGCUACAGCCAUUCUUCCCACCUCUUGAGCCGCUGCAAUCAUCAAAUCUUCGGGCUGCCCUCUUCCGAUCUCUCUCAGAGUUAACUAAAAACGGAACACUGGGAAGGGAGAGAAUAUUACGAAAAACAAUGCUUGAAGAAUGCACUGGAGAGAAGUUUGAUGAAAUCCUUGCUGAAUUCUCCACGAUCGUGCUGCGUAAAGUUGUGGCUUCAUCUCGUGAAUACAGCACGGGAGCUCCCUCAUUAUCCCUCCCCGCAAGCAAGAAAGGACCACCCAGUGAUACCCAUAACCUACUGCCAAUGAUUAUCGCAUAUCGCGCAUCGUUACAUUCCAUGAUAGACCAGAAAAAUGAGCUGAACUCAACCUGCCGCGAUCUCAAACAAUUCCUUCAUCUGAAAUCUAAUGAGCUUGCAAACUCAAGACGCAUGCCGAAGCCCUUGGCUUCGGAAUUAAGGAAUCAGCAACAUUUUCAAGAGUCUAUCAAUAGAUCAUGGCACGGUGACAUUAACUGGGCUACUACAAUCUUGAAUGGAGAUUCGCAGGCUGGCUCAGAGCCGCUGCUUGAAAUGGAUUUUUCUCAGGUUUGGUCUGGGAUGAAAAAGGUGGAAAUCAAAGGGGGCCCAGGGCCUCAAGCGCAUCCAAACCUUCUAGCGGAUUUGGACGACCGCCUCUCAAGGCAGAAAUCUCGGCUUCAAGGGUGGCGGGAAUUUAAAGAAUCUCUAGACUUGGACAGCCUACGGGUUAGCUUACAGCGACCAGAUACUUCCGAGAGACCGCAAACGUUGCCCCAGAACAAAUGUAGUGUCACAAAUUCCCCAGUCGCAAAUGUUGAAGCGAACCAGGAAACAUACAGUAAUUCAGAUCUCGAUGAAUCCCUAAUAGUUCAUCCAGAACCAGAAAUAUCUUAUACGCCUGAAACCUCUUCCAACUCGAAAGCUAGGGAUGAUGCAGACGCAAACCAGGAGCAAGCUACUGUCUCUCAAGAAGUCUCCGCAGCGGCAAAUUUCAAUGCUCGUGAAUCGGGCGUUGUUGCGAACAUGUCGACAGAUGACCUGCUUGCAAUGCAGUUGGGAGUUCUGCCUUCGAGUAAAGCUGGCACCACAGAGUUACCUGGUAGUAACGCGACGGUAAAUGACACGUCAAUUACCGACGAUACCAGUGGUGUUGAAGAAAAUGAAAACCAACUCCCCGAGGAUGUGGCCUCUGGGGCUACUACUUUGUUGGAACGUACUAGACAGUCUAUGCUGUUUGUAUCUUCCGCUACCCCUCGUCCAUGGAAGCCUAUUUCGGACAACCGGCGACAGUCUCAGCUGCUUUUCCCCGGCGAUCCGUUCGAAACACCAGAAAAAAGAGCGGAAAAUAAGGGAAACUCAAAUAAGGAGGUGUCGGAUGAUGACCCCUACAGUGACUACGUUGAUUAUGACAGUGUGUUCAAAAGCCGGCCAAAGGUAGCUUCGAGCCCUAUCCCAUUCGAAUCAACCCAACAAGGUUCUGGCGAUGAGAACCAGGAUGAGGGUUGCAGUUUUAGUGAACUUGCGCUGGAAAACUCGCCUUUGGGGAAGAUGCAGUCAAGGCCAAGGGCCCAGACCGCUAUACGGCAUCCUGUCAUAUGUACGGAUGCCGCAGAAGCGACAGGUUGA